AUGAACGAAGUUCGGGAAAUAAAUCUUGAAUCACGGAGGCGGAUAGAAACAAUUAUACAAAAUAUUUAUCAAUGUGAAACUGAAAAACAAAAAGCUGUUGAAGCAAUUCAACCAAAAAAGUUCCCAUCUUAUGGACCCGCCAAUGACAUACUUUGUUUCUGGCAUAUUCUCGAACAACAAAACAAAGAUGAUUCAGAUGAGAUACGUAUGGAAUCGCGUGUUACUGUUGAACAAUACAUAUAUCAGAAUCGAUUAACUUCAUCAGAACCAAAAUAUAAAGAUGUGGAUGAAAAAAACCCAGAGUUGAUCCUGACACCAACACCAGUUUCACCAACUGAUGUAUCUGCGUUAUCAGCUGUGGUGUUGCCGCAACCUAUUACAACUACUCCAUCAUUUGCAGUGUUAUCGCAACCUGUUACAGCUACUCCAUCAUCUGCAAUGUUGUCGCAACCUGUUUUGUCUACUUCUUCAAAUCCAGCUCAACUAUUAUCUGCAAUGUCGUCGCAAGCUAUUACAGCUACUCCAUCAUCUGCAAUGUCGUCGCAACCUGUUACAGCUACUCCAUCACCUGCAAUGUUGUCGCAACCUGUUACAGCUACUCCAUCAUCUGCAAUGUUGUCGCAACCUGUUUUGUCUGCUUCUUCAAAUCCAGCUCAACUAUCAUCUUCAAUUAAUGUAUUUAUUAAUGAAGAAACGUCCAAUAAAUAUCAAGAGUUACUGAAGAAAGUCAAAGUGUAUGAACAGCAAUGUAAAUCGGUAACGGAUAAUCCUCAACGUAAGAAGUUACUAACAAACCGUAUUAAAGAUAUUGUGAACAAAUUACGAGUAGAAAAUUCUGAUGUCCUAAGUCAUGAGAUGAUUGAGUUUUUAAAUGGAAAAGAACAAUAUAUUAGCAAUCAAGCAGUACGUGUAUCAUCUGAAGAAGAACGUUUGGCCUGUCUGCGGAUACUUGCUAAAUUAAUAUUUGGCCAAUUAUUAGGUGGUGAUAUGACAAAAAUAAAGGACGAAAUCUUUUUACCGCUAAUUGCAUUCAUAAGUGAAGAUAAAAAGAAUAAAGAGUUUACAGAUAUAUUUUUAAAAACUUUACAUGAACAUUGUCAGUAUACAAUUCCACGGUAUCCACAACGUUUACCAUCAAUGACCGAGGAAGACUUUUUGAAAGAGGCUGGUUAUGUUGAAAUCCCCCGUGGCAAAGAUAAACGCAUGGAAACUGAAUCUGAAUUUUUAUCACGUAUGAGCGGUCUUGUUCGUCUGUUUUGCAAAUUGUUGGUACGGGGUGGUCCACCAUUCGAUAAAGAUCUGAAAUAUGCAUGGAAAUGGCUUUCAGACAUUCUUAAUCUUGAACCACGUCCAAAUAUUACAGCGUUACUGUUACGUUUAUUUUUGGAUGAAGCCGCUGAAGAAAUGAUUAAAGUCUACGGACUACAAUUCAAUAAACUGAUUAAAAUGAUUUCAACGCAAUAUAUGCCAAAAUUGCUACAAACGGAUGAACAAAGUACCGCGUAUGGAGGUGAACUUGUAGCUGAUGUGUUAAAAACACAUGGCAUUCGACAAGUAUUUUGUUUAAGUGGAGGACAUAUCUCACCAAUUUUAGUGGCAUGUGAAAAACGUGGAAUACGUAUCAUUGAUACAAGACAUGAAGUCAAUGCGGCGUUCGCUGCUGAUGCUGUUUCAAGGCUUAGUGGACGUAUUGGAGUUUGUGUUGUCACUGCCGGUCCAGGAUUAACAAAUACAGUAACCGCCAUUAAAAAUGCACAAAUGGCUGAAAGUCCUGUGUUACUGAUAGGUGGUGCAGCUGCAAAUCUAUCAAAAGGACGUGGUGCUCUCCAAGAUAUUGAUCAGAUAUCGUUAUUUAAAUCAAUAUGCAAGCGCACAUUUAGUGUUAAAACAGUUCGACAAAUUCCAAGCUAUUUAAGAAAAGCAAUUUAUGUCGCUCAAUCAGGAACACCAGGUAAUACACGGCUAAUUAUAUGGCGAUGAUCAGUCUGGCCGGAAGACCUUUUGGGGCAUCCGGGAGAAUUGCUAUAAAUCAGUUAUCACGAUUCUCUCAGAGCUGUAAAACAUCUAAUUUUGUAGAAAAAUGUUUGCUCUACA